ACUGUAUAAAUGUUAAGUGCGCAUGUCCGUUUUCUAGUGCGCAUACUCCAAGGGUUUAAUAGUCGUUCUCUUUCAUUCCAUUGGGCGGCUAUUGCAGUUCCGAUAAGUUCGCGUAAUUCACUACACUGUUCUUUGGCUUGUAGAUAGCGGACGUAAUAAAAAAUACAAAAAUGUUUGCCUGUGCUAGACUGAUUGCCCCUGCCACCAGAAGCGCACUCGUUGCCAACACAAAACAAUACUUGAGGCCACUGAGCAGUGUAGUAAACCAAAGUCAAAUACAGGUACAGAAUGUGCAACAACACAAGCAACCUACCCUCCUCCCCGCUAUCCGCAGUUUCCAAACUACACCAGUCAGCAGAGACAUUGACUCUGCAGCUAAAUUCAUUGGUGCUGGAGCUGCCACAGUUGGAGUAGCUGGAUCAGGUAUUGGUAUUGGAGCUGUGUUUGGUUGUUUAAUUAUCGGAUAUGCUAGAAACCCCUCCCUGAAACAACAAUUAUUUUCCUAUGCCAUCCUUGGAUUUGCCCUUUCCGAAGCCAUGGGCUUAUUUUGCCUAAUGAUAGCUUUCUUAAUGUUGUUCGCCCUUUAGAUUUACUAGUUUUAAGAAAUAAAUUUACUAGUUUUUUUUUUUUAUUAAAUCAAUGUUUAAUAAAGUAUUGAUAGACUGUU